AUGGCCGAUACAGCUGCAGCGUCGGGAGCUGAUCACCAGCAGCAACCCACCACGCGCAACAGAGUUGUCGAUACCGUGAACGAGAAAGCUCAAGAGGUCUUUUUUUCUUUUACCAGCAAGGAGGAUUUUACCCAGGCUAGAGAGCAUGUCACCAAUGCUGCCAAGAGCCAAUCCUACCUCUACCCGAUCAAGGGCGUCUUCUACUUCCUCUCUCACCGUUCGCUAUGGAAACCCUUCGUCUCCAAGCUCGGUCCUCUGGCUCUCCUCUCCACGGGUGUCAUUGGCGGCAUGUUCUUCUUCACAUACCUACCGCAGCUCGCCAUUCUCUUCUUCGUCAACGGCCCUAUUGCACCCUUCACCACUGUCCUCUUGGUUCUCAACGAGAGCACCACUAUCAUCAACCUUGUCUCCCGCAACUAUCUUCUGCAAGACUCCCUGCUCGAUGUGUUUGACGGCACCCUCCUUGCUCGCGGGGACACCAAGAUCGUGAGCGAGGGAAGAGAGGUCAAGUCUGGAUCCGAUCCGAUGCAGAAGCUGGGCAAAAUCAUCAAGAGCCCGUUCGAGAAGUUCAGCCCCAAGGCUAUCAUUCGCUACAUCAUGUACCUACCUCUCAACGCCAUUCCAGUUGUUGGUACCGUGAUUUUCAUUCUCCUUCAAGGCCGCACCCGCGGUAAGGGAGUUCACGGCCGAUACUUCCAGCUAAAGCAAUGGUCGCCGUCUAAGAGAGAGGAUUGGCUCAGCAAGAACGUCGGCCCUUACACUGCAUUCGGAUUGGUUGCUACACUUCUCGAGAUGGUUCCUGUUGCUUCCAUGUUUUUCACAUUCAGCAACACAGUCGGCGCUGCCUUGUGGGCUGCUGAUAUCGAGGACAAGGAUACCUCAAUGACUGAUGGGACCGCCCCAUCUCUGCGUGAAACCGCUGAGAAGGCCGAGUAA